CCGUCGACGUGCCUGCGUCAACGAAUACGGCCGGGGACGUAGGUGUCAUGGCGCGCUCCAUCUGAGGUCCGUGCAGUUUCCUGACAGGAACGAGUGGGUUUCUUUCGCCGUGGCCAGAGUCAUCUUUCAAGAGGACCUGAGAUUAAUCACAGAUCAUCAAGAAAAAAUGCCUUCUGCAUCCUGCGAUACACUCCUUGAAGACAUUGAAGAUAUUGUGUCACAGGAAGACUCAAAACCACAAGAUCGACACUUUUCAAGAAAGCAUGUUGUUCCAAAGGUGCGAAAGCGAAAUACUCAAACAUAUUUACAAGAAGAAAACAUUCCACCAAGUGAUAGCAUUAUUCCAGGCAUACAGAAAAUCUGGAUCCGAACAUGGGGUUGCUCACAUAAUAAUUCAGAUGGAGAAUAUAUGGCUGGACAACUAGCUGCUUAUGGCUAUAAAAUUACAGAAAAUCCAUCAGAUGCAGAUUUAUGGCUCCUGAAUAGUUGCACUGUGAAAAACCCAGCUGAAGACCAUUUUAGAAACUCAAUCAAAAAAGCUCAAGAGGAGAACAAGAAAGUAGUGCUGGCUGGAUGUGUUCCUCAAGCUCAACCUCGUCAGGACUACCUCAAAGGACUGAGUAUCAUUGGGGUUCAACAGAUAGAUCGAGUGGUAGAGGUUGUGGAGGAAACAAUUAAAGGUCACUCUGUGAGACUACUGGGCCAGAAGAAGGAUAAUGGAAAGCGGUUGGGGGGAGCACGAUUGGAUUUGCCAAAGAUUAGGAAGAAUCCACUGAUAGAAAUCAUUUCCAUCAACACUGGGUGUCUCAAUGCUUGUACCUACUGCAAAACUAAACACGCCAGAGGAAAUUUGGCCAGUUAUCCAAUUGAUGAACUAAUAGAUAGAGCCAGACAAUCUUUUCAAGAGGGCGUUUGUGAGAUCUGGUUGACCAGUGAAGACACAGGGGCCUAUGGCAGAGAUAUUGGCACGGACCUCCCCACACUCCUAUGGAAGCUGGUGGAAGUGAUUCCUGAGGGAGCAAUGCUCAGGCUUGGCAUGACAAAUCCACCCUAUAUUUUAGAGCACCUGGAGGAAAUGGCGAAAAUCCUUAAUCACCCUAGAGUUUACGCCUUUCUGCACAUCCCGGUUCAGUCUGCCUCGGACAGUGUGCUCAUGGACAUGAAAAGGGAAUACUGCGUGGCUGACUUCAAAAGAGUGGUGGAUUUUCUGAAGGAGAAGGUUCCUGGAAUAACUAUUGCUACAGAUAUUAUCUGUGGUUUUCCUGGAGAAACAGAUCAGGAUUUUCAAGAAACAGUGAAACUUGUGGGGGAGUACAGAUUUCCAAGUCUCUUUAUUAACCAGUUUUACCCGAGACCAGGAACUCCUGCUGCAAAGGCAGAACAAGUCCCAGCACAAGUGAAAAAGCAGAGGACAAAAGAUCUUUCUCGAGUAUUUCAUUCUUACAAUCCAUAUGACCACAAGGUAGGUGAAAGACAGCAAGUGUUAGUAACAGAAGAAUCCUUUGAUUCCAAGUUUUACGUUGCACACAAUCGAUUUUAUGAACAGGUGUUGGUGCCAAAGAACCCUUCCUUCAUGGGGAAAAUGGUCGAAGUGGAUAUUUACGAAUCAGGAAAACAUUUCAUGAAAGGACAGCCAGUAUUGGACGCCAAGGUAUACACACCAUCCAUCAGCAAACCACUGGUGAAGGGAGAAGUCUCAGGUUUAACAAAGUUGUUUUGUUUUCAAGCAAGAGCAAAAGCGUAUCAUUUAGUCUUCAAUACAUCAUACACCCACCCAAGGCUGCAUGCUGUGGACGUACCUCACACGCUCCAGGCCAGCCCAGCACCACGCAUCACAGUGGCGGCUUCUUCAUCUGCAGGUGCAGAACCAAGAACAAGCAAAGGAGGUGAAGAUUUCCCCCUGCAUCUAAUGGGGCUGAAAUUUCAGGGCUUCCUCCUUUGGGAUGCCCAUUCUAAGAUGGCCCAACAUUUUAUGGACAUUGUUUGUUUUGCUUAAAGAGAAAAGAUGCUGAAGGAUGUGUCAAACGUAUAUCCCCACGCCCGAAGUGAGGUUGUUUGCAAACCUCCCUCAACAGUGUAGUGUGUACAGAGCUGGCUGUGUGCAUAUGUGGAUGGAUGCCGCCAACAUUUUCUGAGCAAGAGUCUAUAGUCUUUAUUGACUUCUCAAAGCCAUCUGUGACUUAGAAAGGUUAAAGAUCUCUGGCCUAGGAGAAACUAACCAGCUCUUAUUUCUGGUCUUACAAUACCAAACAAACAUAGGAAGUGGUGGCUAAAUGUCUAGACACAGCAAUUUAUGACUGAUGUAGAACAGAGCCCUGCAUGCAGUGCUAGACAUGGUGAUCACCAGGCACAUAGGAUGACACACAGCCUCAGAUUUAUCCAUUCACUCAUUCCUAAGCACUUACCGAGCACCUCCUCUGUAAGAUAGCAUGCUGGGUUCCAAGAAGUCAUAGAUAAAUCAGGCAGCCUAAUCUUGCUGUCAUCUUUCUUUUCUUCUAAUUUUGGCCUUGGUUUUUCCAUUCUUUCCUAAGUGCUUCAGUGGCAUUAUUAGGUUUAUUUGGAAGCUUCUGAAUUUUGAUGUAGGCACGCAUUGCUAUGUCAGCACUCUUAGUACUGUGUUUGCUUUAUCCCACAAGUUUCGAUAUUUGGUCAUUUUUAGUGGUUUCAAAACUUUCUGUCUCCUGAUUUCUUCAGUAAACCAUCAUCUAUUCAAAAAGUACAUGGUUCAGGAAGUAGAGGCAGAAGGAUUGCAAGUUUGAAGCUAACCCAAACAAACUACAAGAUCCUGUCUCAAGCAAAACAAAAGCAAAGGCCUAGAGAUGUAACUCAAGUGGUAGAGUGCUUGCUUGACAUAAUCAAGGCCCAAG